AUGGAGGAAUCGGAGUCGAAAAGAAUAAAACUUGAGAGUUCUCCGAGAGGAAUCAGUGAAUUGGAUGUUGGGAUCACAUGCUAUGUUUGCUCGGAAGUUCCGGGGUUCAAGGGCUCGUUGAAACAAAGAUACACAGACUUUUUGGUUAAUGAGAUUGAAAAAGACGGCAACGUUGUGCACUUGAUUGAUCUCGGGGUUGAAGACAAGAAAGAUAGGCGCAGAGAAAAGCGUGAAAAGGAAAGAGAAGUGAAGCCUCCACCUGAAUUGGGCGAUUUUCGAUCUAAACUCGAGGAAUUGGUCGGUGCAGAAGUUGUUGAUAAAUGCCUAGAACUUUUCCAUACAGGAACAAAGUAUGAAACCGAGCAGGCUUUUGAAGACAAGGCUCUGCGCACUCAAAUUCAUCAGCUCUUUGGCGAGGCUUUCCAGGGAAGACUCGAUACAUCUACCACUGCAGAUAAACGACUGAUUGUUCGACUGCAAACAAGGUCUACCAGAUCCCGUGUACCCAAGUCUGAAGCAGGGAAUGUGCUGGAAUUUUUAAGAUUCACAGUGUACAAAGAGAACAAGGAGACAAUGGAAGUCACAGGACUGAUUGCCCGUUUCCUGCGUAUUCAACCCAAGGCUAUUACUUUUGCAGGCACAAAAGAUCGCCGUGGAGUUACCUGUCAAAAGUUUUCUAUUCGCAGAAUGAAUGUUGCUCGGGUCAGCAGUUUAAACUCAACUCUGAGAGGGGUCAAGCUUGGAUCGUUCCAGUACAUGUCUGAGCCCAUUCGUUUAGGUGACCUCAAUGGUAACCAGUUUGUUAUCAGUGUCCGCAACAUUGACAACGUGGAGAACGUCGAUGCGGCACUAAAAAAUCUGCGCGACAAUGGCUUUAUCAAUUAUUUUGGACUACAGCGCUUUGGUACGUUUUCUGUCUCAACCCACACAGUAGGUAAGAGUAUUCUUAAAGGAGACUACGAUGCCGCAGUGACUAGUAUUUUACAACCACAGGAAUUGACACUUCCAGAAAGCCGUGAAGCUCGGGAGAUCUAUGCAAAUACCAAGGACGCAGCAAAAGCUCUAGAGCUCAUGCCCCGCAAGUGCAUGGCCGAAUAUCAGAUUUUGACUGCGCUCAAAGAGAGCCCAAGCUCGAUCAAUGCUCUUUUGAGAGUACCUCAUAACUUGCGUCUCAUGUACGUGCACUCAUACCAAAGCUAUGUAUGGAAUUGUGCUGCAAGCGAGCGAGUGCGAAGGGGCCUAGAGGUGGUUCCUGGCGACCUUGUGCUGGAUGAAGCUGAAAGUACAUUUACUCGUGCGCGGCCGGUCACUGCACAGGAAAUUGAACAGAAGAGCAAAACGAUUUUCGACAUUGUUUUGCCUACACCUGGGUUCGAUGUCACGUACCCAGAGAACCUGGUCAACUUUUAUGAGACCAUCAUGAAUGAAGACGGAAUUGACUGUCACAAUAUGCGCAGAAAUACCACAGAGUUUUCUUUAUCAGGCAGCUAUCGCUUGUUGAUGUCGCGGCCUAGUGACUUGACCUGGUGGCAUAAAACUUAUACCGAGACUGACGAACAGCUUGUUCGUACUGAUUUAGAACUGCUCGAGUUAGGCAAGCCUAUCACCCCAGAAAACCGUUUGGCCGAAACAGUUGCUGGUGAGCGUAAUGCUGUAAUCUUGCAAAUGACGUUGGGCACCUCCGAGUACGCUACCAUGGCCCUGCGAGAAGCUAUGAAGACGGACACUUCGAGGCACGGCCAGAUGUUUUUCUCUUGA